AUGUUGACAAUAUUUGAACAGACAUUGGACAUUGAAACAAUAUGGUGGUCACAAAUCAAUUCACGAUCAUCAUCAUCAUCAUCAUCAGCAUCUACAUCAUCAUCAUCAUCAUCAUCAUCAUCAUCAUCAUGUCGAUCAUCUGGGUUAUCAUCAUAUAAUAAAACUUCCUCGAAUCAUCAACCUAUAUCAGAUAACUUACUUGGUAAUAAUAAUAAUAGCUCUUCUUCAUCUUCUACUGCUGUCGUUAAUUCUAUCAAUAAUGAUAACUUGGAUAAACUUGUUUAUCUUCAUACUACUACUACUACUACUAAUGAGAAGGAGAAUAAUUUGGCAAAGAAUAGUACAAAUACCGAUUAUCAUAUUAAUAAUAAUCAUAAUAUCAAUAACAAUACAACCAAAGCUAUUAGCACUACGAUCAAUGCCAAUGAAUUAGAUCCUCAAGAUGAAAAUUGGGCUACUCCUACUGGAAGUAUGGAAGCAUUGAAUAUUGAAGAUCAUGUGGUGGUUUCAAGUGAAUCAAUAUGUCAGCAUAGUAGCAUCAAUGACGAGCCUACUCCUGCUACUACUACUACUACUACUACUACUACUACUACUACUACUACUGCUACAUCUCCACUAGAACCACAAGCAUCUACUUCUCAAGGAAAACUUGGUGAAUUAAUAUCAAUAUUUCCAAAUUUAAAACCAAGUUUACUUGAAGAAUUUUUAUCACUUGCACAUGAUGAUGUUUCAUGGGCAACUACACUAAUUUUAGAUAGUCAUACUAGUGAACAAGUCACUGAACAAACUGAAAAGAAUUCUAAUCCAAUUGAAAAUACUUCAGUAUUAUGUGAAUCUACCAAUAGUCGAAUUUGUGAACAUCCUUCAAAUGUUGUUAGAACAGAAGAAGAGGCAGAUCCACCACCACCACCAACAACAACAAUAACUUGUACACCUAGUUGUUCCAACAUCCCCGAAGACAAUUUAUUAGAGACUAAUCAAAUCAGUCUACCAUUAUCUGUAAAGAAAUCUUCUCAAUGUGUGAAUGAAAUUGAUCAUACAGUGAAUAAUUCACAUGGUGUGAAAUUGUCAAGAAGUUUUCUACAAACAGCACAUGAAGAGUAUGCUUUUAGUCUUGGUUUAUCAGAUAUUGAUAUGUCUCCUGAAACAAUGCCCGAUUUUAUUAUCGAUGAAUGGAUACCGGAACCUAAUUUGAAUAAAGAAAUUUAUGCCAGUUUUAUGCGAUAUUUAGGUGUUCUUUCAAAUGCUCCAACCAAUGUGUUAACACCGAAAUUUCCAGCAUUAAAUUCACGAAAUUCAAAUCAAAAUACUAAGAAAACCACCGCUACAACAUCGUCAACAACAGAAAUGUCAAAUAGAUCAUUUUCAACAUUUUUGCAAAUUAUGCAUGAUGAAGAAGGUUUAUUACGUUCUGUAGAAGAUUUUCGUACGUCUUUAAACACUCCAGUUGUACGUUUGAUAUUAAAUCGAUUAAUGUCUAAAUUUCCUGGAACACAAAAAGGUGUCAUUGAAGAAGCAUUUGUACGAUGCGAAUUUGACGAGGCUCGAACAGAAGUUUAUCUUUUAACUUAUUACAAAUCAACUAGUACUACUACUACUACUACUAAUACUAAUACUAAUAAUAAUAAUAAUAAUAAUAAUAAUAAUGAAUCCUUAACAAAAUGUACUACAACAAUAGCUCUAUUGACAAACACCACAAAUUCAUUGUCUAAUCAAUAUUAUACUAACACAUCGUUAAUUGUAAAUCAACAAUCGAUCAAUGCAACUGUUCUACCGAUGAAUAAUAGAAAUAAUAAUAAUAAUAACAGUAAUCCAAUUGGAUUAGAUUAUUAUCGAACUACUGAAGAGAAUUUAAGUUUACAAGAAAUACAAGAUGAAGAAGAAGCAUUGAAUCGAUCUAUUGAAGAUCAAAAAGAUCGUCUUCUAACAUUGGCUAAUCAACUUUGUUUAAGUCGUUUAAAAGCACAAUUUCCUGGAAUUGAAAUAAAUUAUUUAGAAAGUCUUUUUAUUCGGUUUGAUUUAAAUGAACAAAAUCUUACAGAUUACCUCAUAAAUCAAGGUUUCACACCGCAUUCAUUAAACCCGUUUCUUGUUGUGGAGACCACCACAAAUAAACACAAUGAUGAUAAUAAUAAUAAUGAUAGUCCAACUGCAUCCAUCUCAUCUUAUCAAAAUGAUUUAAUUGAUGUUAACACUAAAAGUAAUAUUCAAAAUACUGAUUGGUUAGCUUUAAUUAAUCAGAAAAUAAUCAAUAUUCGACGAAAAAUAAACCAUAUGAAAAAUACUGUUGCUUAUGCUAAAGAUAAUCGAAUUAAACAAUUUCAUAUCAUUGAGAUACGUUCAUUACAAAGUCAAUUACAUUAUUUAGAAUUACAAAAAGCUGAAUAUCUUGUUGAUACUAGAUCUGCAUUAUAUGAAAAUGAAUUAUUGACCAAUGGUGAGAAACCAAUUCAUGCUGGUUGUUUAGCAUUUGCUUAUUUAGAUUUACAUGGAUUAAAUAAAUCAUGUGCAUUGUAUGUGUUAGAACAACGUUUAAAUUAUUUACAAAAUAAAUUCAAUCGAUCAUCAUCAUUAUCAAAAAAACCAUUGAAAUAUUUCACUGUAAUCACUGGUCGAGCAGCUGGUAAUGAAAGUGAUCUAGUGUCAAUAUCACCAGUAUUAAGACCAGCUAUAAUACAAUAUCUUAUGCGAACUGGUUAUAAAUUUGAAGAGAACUAUUGUAUUGGUUCUGGUCAUUUCACAGUGAAUUUAAAUAAUCAAAAAAAUUAAGAUAUAAGCCAGUAAGUAAAAUACACAAUAUUGGAUUUCCCUUUUGUUUUUUCCUCUAUAUAAACUCUCCUAAUAAAACGCUACUUGAUUCUGGAUAAAUUUUUUUGUGUCAAUCUUCGAUUAAUUUGAGUAUCUGUUUUUUUUAUAAAAAAAAAUCCAGAUUGUGCCCUACCUUUUUUUGUUUGUUUGAAGUACAGUUCAUAAACUUCUUUUGUUUUUUUUUUCUUAAAAAUUAAAAUAAGAUCAUGUAAGAUGACUACUGACUUUUUAUUGUUGGUGCAAGUUUGAUUUGCCAAGUUAUUAUUAUUACCAUAGUUUAGAAUCAUAUUUCUCGCUCCUAUUAAUUGAUUGCAAUCAAUUUAUUUCAAAUUGUCAUCAAAUUGACCCAAAAUCAGCCUUUAUAGAGUUAUGACAUGUCAUCAAAACACACACACACACACACUGAAACUAUUCGAAACUAUCUUGAUUGGUCGAAAAAGUCCAACUUUAUGUUGGUUGACCUUUGUUUACCAUGGUUCUUCUAGUAAGUGGAAUGAAUGUUAUGUUAAAUAAGAAAUUUUGACCUUAUUUUCAAAACUGCUGUAUUUACACAAAUAACAUGUUGCUUGUAUCUAUAUGACUGAUGAGAAAGCACGAAAUGGUACUACUAUCUCACAAAAUAUGUCUUCACAUUUCUCUAUUCGAAGCAUUUUCUAUUUUGAGUAUUAAUUAGGUGAGUAAAUCAGGAAGAUUAUUUUUUAAAUUUUUUUUUAUAUAAAACAUCACCUAUUUUAUUUUUCAUAA